CCUAUUUAGCUAAGUCUUUAAAACACAUCAUGGCCAAGAUGCCUGCAGCUCUUAAUUGGGAUAAAGUGUUGAGAAUUGACCCAGAAACCCUCAAUGAACGCGACAAAGACGAAGUGGAUAAGGUCUUCGAUAUGUUAGUUUUGACAGAAGAAUGGGGUGUGAAGGAUAAAGCUCCAGAGAACAUUAUUCAAGUCCUCAGGGUGUUUCAGGCCCUGCUGAAGAUUAGAGAUCGAGAACUUUCUGUUGCCUUCGACUUUAUUGAUGACAUUGGUGUAAAACAUGCUAGAAAAGAAAAAGAACUCCUGGCUAAGGUGUCACAGUUGGAACAAGAACAGAAGCUCCACAGCACUGUGCAGAACACCGGCUUUAUUAGAGAUCAGAUUUGGCACCUCGAGACCCAGUUGGAGCAAAGGGAGAAUGAGGUGACCCAGUUAAAGAAAGAAAUGGGGAAGGAAAAGAAAACCAACGAGGAGUUGGUUGUGCAAGUAGAGAAGGCUGAGGAAGUCAUCAAGAAGCUGAAAAGAGAGUUAGAAAAACUUAAGAGGAAGAAUGAGCAGCUCCAGCAGGAUGUGGACUUUUAUCGCGGAGAGCUGGACCAGAAAGAGCCUAUGUCUUCAAAAGACGAGAAUGCUGAGACUCAGAGGAAGCUCAACCUUGCCAACCGCCAGCUUUACCAGUGCUUAGAUGACCUGCAGCGAGCGGAAGAUGAAAACACACAUCUGAAGACUGAGAAUAUGCAGAUGCAGAGAAGCCUGGAGGAAUCUGUGAAGGAGAUGGAGAAGAUGACGGAUGAGUACAAUAAGUUGAAGAUUGUGGUGCAGCAGACUGACUCCAUUAUGGACCAGCUUAGGAAGGAGCGAGAUCAUACAAAGCUUCAAGUCAGAGAGUUAACAGAUAAGAUUCAUAGCAUGACUGAAGAGAACGACCCUAUUAUGGCAGCUGUCAAUGCCAAAGUGGAGGAGUGGAAGCAAGUGCUGUCUGGGAAGGACGAUGAAAUUUUGGUGUACCAGCAGAUGAUUCGUGACUUGAGGGAAAAGCUGCGUUCAGCACAGCUGGACUUGGACAAAAGCAACAUUCUGGCCUUGCAGCAGGCUGUCCAAGAGCGAGAUAAUCAAAUCAAGAUGCUGAGUGAGCAGGUGGAGCAGUAUACAGGGGAAAUGGAGAAGCACACCGUACUUAUUGAGGAGCUCAAGACGUCUACGAAGAAAGACAGAGGCCUCCCAUCCACCUUACAGCAGAAGAAAAUGGAGGAGCUGAAGUUAAAGCUAGAAGCUGCAGAGACAAGAGCAACAGAAGCAGAGCAUGCGGUAAAACUAGCAGAAGCUCAUGCUGAGGAGAAAGACAAGGCACUUAUUGAGGCUUCAAACCGCUUGAGCCAGUAUGAGUCUGGCACUUAUGGCCUGGAAGCAGCCAUUGCGGAGAUCAAAGAGUGUAAAAAUGUAAUUAGAGAGAGAGAAUGUGAGGCAGAGGCCAUGACCAAAGAGAUCAACCAGCUUGAGAUGAGAAUCAAUGACCUCAUGGACGAAAAUGAAGGUUUCAGAGAAAAACUAGGUCUGGAACCAAAGCAGGAAGUGGAUCUGACAGAGUUUAGGCGUGCCGCAGAUCUCAGACAGCGCCGAUACAAAGCAGAAAACCAAGUCCUCACCAAAGAGAUUGAACGACUUGAAGAGGAAAGACUGGAAUUAAAGAAACAAAUCAGACGCAUGGUGAAGGAAAGAGCUGUGUCUACAGGGAUUCCACAGUCAAGCUUACUGCUGGAGGAAGAUGUUAGACCGAGCAGGGCGGCACAGCUGUCGCUCAAACAGAGUGGCAUGUACACAGAUGAAGAAACCAGGCGCAAAAAUGAGUACCUUGAAAAAGAGUUAAGCAAUAAGGAGCGAGAGCUGGAACUUCACCGGACCCAGUUUCAGGUCAAAUUGGAAGAACUUUCAAAGGUGAAAAAAGAUCUGGAGGCUGCUCUGAAAGAUGUCCUUCAAGCAAUGAGGAUUAAUCAAGAGGCUGUUUCUGUUCCUAAUCUGGAAAUGUUGGCCAAUGGUUUAGAUGUCAGUGGCAUGGGUGGCCAGUCUGAGUCAGCCCCACACUUCAGGUCCCAAAUACACCAGCUGGUGGGGAGAAAUGAAGAACUGAGGCAGGAGCUAAAAUCAGCUCGUGAGGAGGCAACCGACAGCUUGAGUCAGCUUGCCAGAGCCAAAGAAAAGAUAUACCAACUUGAAAGUGAGUUGGAGUUGCUCAGGAAGUCUGGCAGCAAUGGAGUCGUCCUCAGACCUCUGAGCCUUCCUGAGGGCCUGGAGCCCAGCAGCACUGAAGUCAUCAGUUCCCUGAACGAGUACGCCGUUCGACUCCUUCAGGAGAUCAAAAACAAGGACGAAAAAAUGCAGAAACUUGCAGGCGCUCUGGAAGAAUACAAGGAGAAGUUUUCUGUUAUUAGCCACCAACAGGGACUUCUCUACAAAGAGUACCUGAGUGAGAAGGCAGAGUGGCAGAAGGAGAAGGAGACAUUCACAGAGAUAAAGAACAGGCUGGAGGAACAAAAGCAGGUGGACGAUGUUAAAAUCAGAGAGUUCAGUGAUCUGCUGGACACACUUCAGAAGGAUCCAGAGGACAUCAGAAGACAGCUGAGUGAAGCAAUUCGUAAGCUGACAGUGCUUAAAGUUAACGAGAAGAAACUGACACGACGCUACACAACCCUGCUGGAACAAGAACAACACCUCCGCAAGGAAAACGGCAAGCUGAGAGAUGAGAGCAGCCAGAUGCAGGCAUCGGUCACUCAGAGGAUAGGUUACCUACAGAGAUACAAGGAAAUGGCUGCAUAUAAAAUAGCAGCACUACAGAAAGCUUUGGAUGAUAGUGUGCCCUCAUCAAACCUGGAGAAGGCUAACAAACAGUACACAGAGCUAACAGUCAAAUACAGAAACAUGCUACAGAGAGACAGCCGCCUCAUACAAAGAACCACCAACUUAGAACAUUUAGAGAGUGAGAAUGAGUCUCUUCGAGAACAAAUCUCUGCCAUGAAUAAAGAACUGGAGAUCACAAAGGAGAAACUUAAUACUUUAGAGCAAAGAUGGGAGAACAUCCCUUCAACAGGAGAAGAAAAUGGGAUGGCUAAAGCAGACAAGGCAUCACUCAACAAUGAGAUGAUAUCUGCUGUAAGACGAAUCACCACUUUAGAGAUGAAGGAGCUGAAUGAGAGGCAGAGAGCUGAGCAUGCCCACAAAAUGUAUGAGCACGUGAAGAACUCACUUAAGCAGGUGGAGGAGCGCAAUGUGGAACUGGAAUCCAAGUUUGUGGAGUUGACUAAGAUGAAUGUGGAGGCCCAAAGGGUUGAGCGGGAGCUGAGAGAUGAGCUGGCAAGCAGCGUUAGCAAAGCUGUGAGCGAUGCUGACAGAGCCAAGAUUGCAGAGCUGGAGAAGGCAGAGGCUGAGCUUCGCAUUGAGGUUUCUAAGCUUCAAGAGGUCUCUGAUGUGGCUGUGACACAGGUGUCUGCUCUACAGGCCAGACAAAAAAGCAACGAAAAAGAAGUGGAAACUUUGAGAAGGCAAAUAUUGGACUUCCAGUCGCAGUCAGACGAGAAAGCCCUCAUUGCAAAGCUUCACCAGCACAUUGUGGCUCUGCAGCUCAGUGAGUCAGAUGCUUUGGGAAAACUUGAGGCUGCCACCAAUCACAUCCAGCAGUUGGAGGCCUACAAGCUGCGAGCUGAACAGCGGCUUGAUGCAAGUGAGCGUACUCUGUUUCUCGCUCGCCAAGAGGGCCGAAACCGCUCGAAGCACCUACGGCAGACUAUCCAGUCGCUCCGUAGGCAGUUUGCAGGUGCGUUGCCACUUCCUCAGCAGGAAAAGUUCUCUUUGACCAUGCUGAGCCUCCAGGAGGACCGAGCAAAAGCUCAAAAGGAGAAAAAGAGGGCAGAGCAGGAGAGCAAGAGAGCGGAGGGAAGGGCAGAUGAGCUGGAACUAAGGCUGCAAGGGCUGGAGGAGCUUGUCUCAACCCUAAAGGAUGUGAAAGGGGCCCAGAAGGUAACUGAGUGGCACAAAAAGAUGGAGGAAACUCGCCUGCAGGAGCUCAGGAAAGGCAGGGAGCUGGUGGUCCAGAAGGAGGAGAUAAAAUACCUCAGAAACCUUGUAAAGGAACAGGAACAAACCAUCCACUCACUGGAAGAGGAUAUUGUUCAGCUAAAGACUCUUCAUGAAGAAUGCCAGCUUGCAUGGGAUCAGCGAGAGGUGGAGAUGGAGCGUCAGCUGGACUAUUAUGAGAAGCAUCAGGAUGAAAUUCUGAGCAAUGCUGAAAAGCUUGAUGAAGGUAAAGGAUGGCUACCAGACCCAAGUCUACCUCUCGCUCGUCAGUUGGAGUUUACCUUGGGGAAAAUCAGAGAGCAUGUCCGCACCAUUUUGGAGACACAGGCCACGUGCAGAAGUUUGGAGAAGAAAUUGAAAGAGAGGGAAGCAGCUCUGUGGAAGGCAGAACAGAACAUUGUGUCAAGGGAUAAAGUAAUCAACGAGCUGCGUCUGCGACUCCCAGCUGCUGCCGACAGAGAACGGCUGCUAGCCAACCUUGCCAAACAUGAAGAGGGGCAGUCAGACAGACAGUCUGCCCUCAAGCUGGCUCACCAGACCAUCAAAGACCUGCAGGAUCGACUUGACAAAAAAGAGGAUAUAAUAAAGAAAUACCAGAACCAGCUGGCUCAAGCUAGACAGGACCAAGAGGAACUGAUAAAGAGACAUCAGGAGGAGAUGAAGAUGUUGCACGAGAAGCUGGACUUGCAUACAGACACCUCGCUGGAUCGCUUUAGACAAACAGCGAUGGAGUUGAUGAAAAAGCCCACCUUAAGGGUGCCGACCUCCAAACACCUGGAGCGUCUGGCUGAGCUAGAGCAAACAGUGGCCGAGCAAGAAAUUUCACUUUGCUCUCUCACCGAGAAGCUGAAAGUGACCACUGCAGAGCUGGACCGACUGAGGGUUACCAUGGAAACGGAGGCUAAGAGACACACUGACGAGACGUCAAAGCUGGAGGAAUAUCAUGUCAGCCAGGUGAAAGCUCUGACUGCGGAGAAUGAGGAUCAGAGGAGCCAGAUGGCCCAGAUGGAGAAGGAGAUGAAUGAUCUUCGAGCUGAACUGGAGGCCCAGAAGGAGGCUAAUGUCCGCUCCCCCAGUAACUCCAUGAAAAAUCUAGUGGAACAACAGAAGGCACAGCUCACCCAGAAAGACAAACAGCUAAAGGCUCUCAGUAAGGUUCUGUUGAACCUGCGUGCGGAAAUGACGUCUGCUGCAGAACAGCAAGUUAUAGCAAGUGCUGCACAGAAAGAGGAGAGUCUGAAUGUCCAGAUGCUGAUUGACAGACAAACCAAAGACCUGAAGGUGCGAAUGCAAGAAAUUAGUGAAGAACUUCAAGCGGCAAAAGAGUCUGCCAAAUCAGCCAGAAGCCGCGAGAGCUCCUUGAAAGAGGAAGUGGACAGGCUGAACCAAGACAUCCAGAAAGCUCAGAAAACCCAAAGACGUCUGCAAGCUGAGAAGGAGGCGCAAGAACAAGAAAUCGAGGAACUCAAGCAGCAAAUCAAAAGGCUCACCAGUGCUCUUCAAAGCCAACGAGAAGCAGAUGGAAAGCGACCAACUAUUGAGAAUCUGCAGAAGAAGAUCUGGAGAUUGGAGUCUGACUUGGAGAAAAGAGCUGAAAUAAAACACGUCAAAGACGAUCACGGAAAGACUAAAGAAGAAAUUGUGCGAUGGGAGGAGGGCAAGAAAUGGCAGGCCAAGAUGGAGAAGGUCAAAAAUUCACUGAAGGAGAAGGAACGAGAGAAUGAAUCCCUCUCAAAACAGCUCAGCACUCUUAAAGACCUCUAUGCCAGGCUGGAGCAAGAGAAGAGUGCGCUGCAGAAAAAGCUGAAGGCUCGAGGGGUCACUGCUGAUCAGGUGGUGGGGGUGCGGUCCACUGAAAUGGAGAAGGAGAUGGAGGAGCUGAAGAAGAAGAACUCAGACCUGGAGACAGAGAUUCUCACUAUAAAACAGCAACAGGCUUUACCGCGUGACGGUGCCAUUGAGGAUAUGAUGCUGAGAAACCGCUUCCUGGAGGAGAGACUCCGUUCCUUAGAGAGCCAGGUUAUCAAAGAAUCACCAUCAAGACCUUCUACUUCAGGACGAGGCACCAAUACUCCAUCAGAGAGAGAGCAGGACCUCCAAAAAGAAAACCUCAAGCUGGCCUCUGAGAACCUGGAGCUGCGCUUUCAGCUGGAGCAGACCAACAAAGACCUGCCAAGGCUCAAGAAUCAAGUUGCGGACCUUAAGGAGAUGUGCAACGCACUGAAAAAGGAAAAGACAGAGGCAGAAAAAAAGCUGGCUCAUAUACGUGGAGGUGGUCACAGUGGUAAAACGGUGCCUGAGCUCGAGAAGACAAUUGGAUUGAUGAAGAAGGUGGUGGAGAGGGUGCAGCGGGAAAAUGAAACACUGAAGAAAUCCAGCGCCACUGUGAAUCAAGACAAAGUCACUGCCCUGGAGAAAGAAAAUAUUAAGCUAAAGGCUGACUUUGAAACGCUGAAGCGUGAGGCUGAAACUGAUCUGAAUUCCAAACUUGAAUCCAAAACCAAAGGCCUGGAGAAAAUAGUGAUUGAAAAUGAACGUCUUCGAAAGGAGAUUAAAAGGGAAAUGGAGGCUGCAGAAAGGCUGAGAGUGACCAAGACGACUCUAGAAGUGACAAAUGAGAAGCUCGAGGCAGAGCUGGAAGACACCAAGCAAAGACUGAGGGAAGCUCUGUCCAGGCCCAUCACAGAGGGGGUGGACACUAAGACCAUGAAGUCAUCUGUGGUAACCAGGAUGUUUGAGAACAAGAUGAAGGAGCUGGAGAAGGAACUCUCCCAAAAGACCGUCCGACUGUCUGAACUCAAACAACAGCUGAAAGAGAUGACAGAGCGGGAGGAGAGAGCUCAGAUAGCAAUACGACAACUCGAGGAUCAGGCUGACGUGUUCAAAACUUUUCCUGCUGCUGGAAAAGGUGAUGCGGGACGCAGCAAGGCCUUCCCGGAAAGAAGACUGGCCAACACUCAGCUGGAAAAAGAGAAUGAAGAACUGAAACGAAAGAUGCAAGAAUACAGUGAGCGAUACGGCGAGACGACAUCUAAACUAGAUUAUGGGAAACUCAAAAAACUUCUGCAGGCAGCUGAAACUGAAAAAACCGAACUUCAAGCUGAGGUCACGAAGCUGAAAAAAGAACUGGAGAACUUUGACCCAGCAUUUUUUGAUGAAAUCGAAGACCUGAAAUAUAACUACAACUUAGAGGUGAAGAAGAAUGUUCUGUUGGAGGAGCAGCUGAAAAAAGUGUGUCAACAAUUUGGGGUAAAGGCAGAAGUGCCCAGUGUGUCUAUCACUUAAUGUGGGGUAUGUAAGUCAUGCUUUUACAGUCACAUUCCUUGGAGAUUUUGAGGAAGGAGUUUCCUUUUAACAAUGAAAUGACACAAUAUUUUUGUGUUAAUAUGUGAAUACUAACUUAUUGUGAAAAUGUAAAUUUGUACGUAACAUUAAAGUUUUUUUUCUGUGUACUGUCAGUCACUUUUGUAUUCUGUCAAAUAAAAAUUUGUUGAAUAAAAUUUUAA